UCACUGUCCCCUCCCAUUCCAUUUCACCCACCUGCAGCAGGGUAGAUACUUCCCUUUCCUGUCAACCCUUCCUCUUCACACACUUUUGUCCUAAGACCUUCUUCUCAACGUUGUCUGCUACACCUCGUCUUCAUUCAUAGGUUUCCCAAGAUCUUUGCUCUUUUUGUGAUAAUGAAUAUCUCGAUUAGCGAUGGACCCUGAAGAGUGAAAUACCUAGGCUUCAAUGAGAUUCGAAGUGUUUAAGUGGACGAAUGAGCGUUUGGCCCUGGCGUUAAGGAAUGUCAUUUGGAGGGACCCACGUUCAAGAGUCCUGAGAUUAUUUUCUAAGCCAGCGUGCCUUUCUCUCAGUUAAGGGCUCUGUGCUGUAGGAAAGUGUCUUGACAUCUUCAUCCAUUUUUGUUGUGCUAGCAUAACUGUUUUUGCUUUAUUUGCCACUUAGCCUUCCUCACCACAUCUCUGUCCAUCACCUACUUGUGCUACAAGAGCCCAGAAUGAAAACCGAUGACAAAGUAACAGGCAUAAUCACAGAUCGUCCUUUUUUUUCCUUUUACUAAGCCAAAAUUUCGGCAAGCUUAAUACUUAUUUUUCCAUAAAAGUUAACCUUUUUGGUUAUUUUCAGAGUUUAAGUGGUAAGGAAAGAAGCAAAAACAGAAUGCACUUAAUACAGAUAGCACAUUUAUCUUGUGAAUAUCUUAAAUUAUUAAAUACAAGUUAGUUCCCUUUAUAAAAAAUGGCUUGUUCUGUAAUUCUUACUGGUUAUCCCACUGAGUCUGAUUGUCUCCAACCAGUUCAAUGUGAGAUUAUUACACAAAAGACGAACAGGAACAGACACGCAGGAGUGUUUUAUUAUAAAUCAUCUGUCAUUUUUGAGGAUUUUCGAUAGCCACUGAAACCUCACAUCUGUAUCCCCUUUAUACUUUUUAAAGUUCUUUCAUAACUUGCCUUUAGUGUAUGUCUAGAUACCAGGCUUUACACUGCUGUCAGGAUAUUCUGUUGAGGAAAUUGGGCUCCAUAUCUCGGCAAUCAUUUUUUAAUUUUGAUAAUGUAAAUUGCACACAAAAUAGUUUUGGCAUUACGCAUUAUCCCCCCAAAAAUAAUGUUUCUGAAUUAGUUUUAAGUACUCUUUUGGGACUUUUUAGAUCUGAUCUUUUUGGCCACAUUUACAAUUUGAUUAACGAUCAACAGCCUUAUAUCUUAUUUCGUUAUCCUGGUGAGCAGGAUUGAAUGGUGAUGAAAGGAAAGACUCCUGUGAGAAGAGAGAGAAUGAGCAUAGGGAUCUAUGCUUGAAGUUGAGUCCUUUGAAAAAGAUCUCUUUGAAUGUGGAAGAGAUCUGGGCAGAUGAAAAUACAAUCAGGAAAAUGCAACAUGGCAGCAGCAAUGGAAACAGAACAGCUGGGUGUUGAGAUCUUUGAAACUGCAGAGUGUGAGGAGAAUAUCGAAUCACAAGAUCAGCCUAAAUUGGAGCCAUUUUAUGUUGAGCGAUAUUCGUGGAGUCAGCUUAAAAAGCUGCUCGCUGAUACCAGAAAGUAUCAUGGCUACAUGAUGGCUAAGGCACCUCAUGAUUUCAUGUUUGUGAAGAGGAGCGAUCCAGAUGGGCCUCAUUCGGACCGGAUCUAUUACCUUGCCAUGUCUGGUGAGAACAGGGAAAAUACACUGUUUUAUUCUGAAAUUCCCAAAACCAUCAACAAAGCAGCAGUCUUAAUGCUCUCUUGGAAGCCUCUUUUGGAUCUUUUUCAGGCAACACUGGACUAUGGGAUGUACUCUCGAGAAGAAGAACUAUUAAGAGAAAGAAAACGCAUUGGAACAGUUGGAAUUGCUUCUUACGAUUAUCACCAAGGAAGUGGAACAUUUCUGUUUCAAGCUGGUAGUGGAAUUUAUCAUGUAAAAGAUGGAGGGCCGCAAGGAUUUACCCAACAACCCUUACGACCCAAUUUAGUGGAGACUAGUUGUCCCAACAUACGGAUGGACCCAAAAUUAUGCCCUGCUGAUCCAGACUGGAUUGCUUUUAUACAUAGCAGUGAUAUUUGGGUAUCCAACAUCGUAACCAGAGAGGAGAGGAGGCUCACCUACGUGCACAAUGAGCUAGCCAACAUGGAAGAGGAUCCCAGAUCAGCCGGAGUUGCUACCUUUGUUCUUCAAGAAGAAUUUGAUAGAUAUUCUGGCUAUUGGUGGUGUCCAACAGCUGAAUUAGCUCCCAGUGGUGGCAAAAUUCUGAGAAUUCUCUAUGAAGAAAAUGAUGAAUCUGAGGUGGAAAUUAUUCAUGUUACAUCCCCUAUGUUGGAAACAAGAAGGGCAGAUGCAUUCCGUUAUCCUAAAACAGGUACAGUACCCAUUGGCAUUCACACACAUGCUGGUACUGAUUUUUUGUUGUUGGUGUUUUGGCAGAUCCAAGUUGAUGAAGUCAGAAAGCUGGUAUAUUUUGAAGGCACCAAAGACUCCCCUUUAGAACAUCACCUGUACGUGGUCAGUUAUGCAAAUCCCGGAGAGGUGACAAGGCUGACCGACCGUGGCUACUCCCACUCUUGCUGCAUCAGCGGGCAUUGUGACUUCUUUAUAAGUAAGUAUAGUAACCAGAAGAAUCCACACUGUGUGUCCCUUUACAAGCUAUCAAAUACUGAAGAUGACCCAACUUGCAGAACAAAGGAAUUCUGGGCCACCAUUUUGGAUUCAGCAGGUCCUCUUCCUGACUACACCCCUCCGGAAAUCUUCUCUUUUGAAAGUACUACUGGAUUUACAUUGUAUGGGAUGCUAUACAAGCCUCAUGAUCUGCAACCUGGAAAGAAAUACCCCACUGUGCUGUUCAUAUAUGGGGGUCCUCAGGUGCAGUUGGUGAAUAAUCGGUUUAAAGGAGUCAAGUACUUCCGCUUGAAUACCCUCGCCUCUCUGGGUUACGUGGUGGUGGUGAUAGACAACAGGGGGUCCUGCCACCGAGGGCUGAAAUUCGAAGGCGCCUUUAAAUAUAAAAUGGGUCAAAUAGAAAUUGAUGAUCAAGUGGAAGGACUCCAGUAUCUAGCUUCUCAGUAUGAUUUCAUCGACUUAGAGCGUGUGGGCAUCCAUGGCUGGUCCUAUGGAGGAUACCUCUCCCUGAUGGCAUUAAUGCAGAGGUCAGAUAUCUUCAGGGUCGCUAUUGCUGGGGCCCCAGUCACGCUGUGGAUCUUCUAUGAUACGGGAUACACGGAACGUUACAUGGGCCAUCCUGACCAGAAUGAGCAGGGCUAUUACUUAGGAUCUGUGGCCAUGCAGGCAGAAAAGUUCCCUUCUGAGCCGAAUCGUUUACUCCUCUUGCAUGGGUUCUUGGAUGAGAAUGUCCAUUUUGCACACACCAGUAUAUUACUGAGUUUUUUAGUGAGGGCUGGAAAGCCAUAUGAUUUGCAGAUCUAUCCUCAGGAGAGACACAGCAUAAGAGUUCCUGAGUCUGGAGAACAUUAUGAACUGCAUCUUUUGCACUACCUUCAAGAAAACCUUGGAUCCCGCAUGGCUGCUCUGAAAGUGAUAUAAUGUUGGCCUUUGCAGAACUCUGUUAAACAUGCUGCUUAACGAAAUGAGGAGGUUAAUCAAUAGAGAACAGAGAACUGAGCAUCACAUUUGGUACCUGCCACAUAACAUCUGCUUCUGGAAGUAAAUUUGGUGCCACGCAGGUGUCUACAGCUUGUGGUAGUAAUCUAAUACCUUAACCAUACAUACACAAAAUUGAAUGCACAUAUUUCUAAGGGACCCAGCAAUACCAGGAGAAUUACUGAAAGAAAUAAGGCAUUAGCAUACAUAUCCAUACUACCCUGUUUUUACUUUUAAAAGCAUUAUAAAUCUUACGGAUUUAAUUAGUGUAUUUUUACAGUAUAUUUCUGAGUUUGUUAAAAUAUGAUAUUAGUGAUUGGUUUGGUUCAAUUCCAGAAUCUCUGACUAGUUACAGAUUUGAUAGCACUUAAAUGUAAUUGAUGCUUCUGCUUCGUUGCCUGGGGUGUACCAGCAUGUUAUGAACUAAUCACUAUUAAACCUAUGGCUUAACCAGUCAGUAAUGAUUUUCAAGGAUAACUUAGCGGCCUUCUGAAGACUUAAUGUUGGUUCAUUGAAGCUCUGACCAGUUUUUAACCAGUUUAACUGUAUCUGGUAUAAACAGUUCUCAUUUUUCUUUGAUGGUAUGACAGAGUGGGUUUUUCCUUUUGCAUAAAGGCAAAUAACUGUGUAUGUAGCAUGGAUUUAAUUUGUCUUAUAAUAUUGAUAAUUGCAGGCAGAGAAAUUUUAAUCAAAUGAUUAGAGCUUAAAUAUUUGCAGGCAGUUUCCCCCCACUUAGGAAAAGGUAAAAGUACACACUCGGGUUCUUCAGAAAAUGUAGUGGCGCCUGUUUCCGCUUGGUAUUUCCUGAUUAAAACAUGGCAGAGUUUUUGGGAGGUAGAAGAAGGGAAUCGUAGUGGGCUGGGGGAAUUGAUGGAGAGGAAGAGGCAAGGAUCUGCUUAAGAACUAAGCAGAAGCCUAAUUUAACGAAAAGAGACUCGUGAAAAAGGUUUGGGUUUUUGGGAGUUUAAGAAAUCACUCUCUUGCCAACACAGCUACGGACUGAUUUUAUUCAGGGGAGGAAAAGUUCCUUAGAGUUACUUUUAUUAUUAUUUUUCUUUUUCUUCUUAACUUUGGAACCUUACAAAUUGAAACUUUUUCAUUUUUAAAUUAUUUGAGCAUAAAGAGCUAUUUAAAUAUUAGGAGCUUAAAAUAAAAAGGUUUCCAGAAGACAAGUUUAACAUAAGCUGAUCCCCGGCAAGCCGUGGCUCUCUUUUUCAGUAUUUAAAGCCUGUGAACAGUUUCCCUGAAUGUCCAUGACAUGUUCCUGGCCUCUCUCUAACACUAGACUGUUAAGGAAGCUCAUUGGCUUUCAGGUGCUGAUUGGAAUCUGUCCUCUUGGAGUCUGGGGGUACUGCAUAGGUCCCGUUGGAGCCAGUGGCAAAGAAGGCAUCUAUGGAUGUGACGCUUUAAUCACACAAGACUCGGUGUUUGGAAAGUUGUUACCAGUACUUUUAAGCAACAGUCCAAGAAAAAUCACUCUCUAUUUUCUCUCACCACUAGAGAGAGAGUAGAUUUCCUCCACACCACUAGAGAGAGAGUAGAUUUCCUCCACAGAGAGCACAGCUCCGUUAGUAAGGAUGGUGACUCUGGCAGAGGUGGAUUGAUCGCUGAAGGCCAGGUGGGAGGUGGCAGCAGCCCAGAAAUGGCAGGGUGACCUGGUGGUUCUGCCCUUGGGGAGGAGAUUGGGUUUUACUGUUUGUAUAUUUAUACUGUAUCAUAGAUACAAUACUUUUCCUUAUUAUCUGUGUAUAUAUUAAUUUUCAUGUUUAUGAUAUUUUC